AUGGCCGACGCCGCACAGCAACGGACGCUCGCGACUGCCUUUGCCCCGCCGCCUCCGCUAUGGAAACACUUCACGCCCGAUAAUCUGAAGAGACUCGAGGAGAUCAAGAAGGAGGCAUCCAAAGGCGAGGAUGGGAAACCGCAGAAGAAGAAGUGGUCGCCUGCCGAAUUGCGCGCUCUCGAUCUACCACCAGAGCUCCGGCUUCUCGUGCCACCAGCGAUCCCUGACACCGGCCAUUACAGCGUGUUCGGAGAGCUUCAGAACCUUUCGACAGCUUUACCGUCCCUGAAAGAUCAAGGCAUUACCCAGCUAUACCCUUCCUCCUCCCCGGCAGAUACCGACCGUCAAUCUCCCUCAGAGCCUUCGCGGCCGCUCAAUCACGCAUACUACCUCCUCAAAAUCAGCAAAUCUCUUCUUUUAAACUUCCUCGAAUUUGUCGGCGUUCUAUCAGUAUCCCCGGAGCAGUUCGAAUCCAAAGUCGAGGACUUGCGUAACCUCUUCAUCAACGCACAUCAUCUCCUCAACUUGUACAGACCACACCAAGCUAGGGAAUCCCUGAUCAUGAUGAUGGAAGAGCAAUUGAGUCGAACCAAGGAAGAAAUUCAGCAGAUGGACAAACUGAAAGCCGAGAUAACGGGUGUUCUAGAGCGGUUGGAAGCAGAUGGCAUCGCUGCGCAGUCACAUCCCCAGCAGACCGAUGAGGACGGCAGAAAGGAGUCUGAAACCAGUCAAAAGACCAUCGAAGAUGCACAAUUAGUGUGGGAUCUCCUGGAUGGGAAGAUUGAGGGUUGA